AUAUAUGUUUUUUAAUCUUGUGUUCAUUGUUUAUUGUCUUUUAGAAAUUUUUCUUUGAAAUGAAUCAAAGUGUUCAAGGUGCUGCAACAAAAAUCUCCACAACAAAUGAAAAUGAAGUUAGAGGUGGCGAUGAUGCACAAAUCAACAACAAAGAUAUUGCAGAGCUUCAAAAGGAUAAGAGAAUUUCAAAGUCAACUGAGCGGUCAUCUACCAGAAAAAGACAACAAAUUUCUAGUGGUAAUACUUUGUCUAGGUCUCCUAUAUGUAUGAUACAAGCUAAUAAUAAUGUACAAAUCAACAAUGAGGAUAUUGGAAAGGUUCAAAAGGGAAAUCAACAAAGAGUAAAAUUUCAAAAGUUGACUCAUAAGAAUAAGAAAACACCAAAAUCAACUGAAGGGUCAUCGGCUACAAAAAGAAAGCAAAAUCUUGGUGGUUCUUCUCCGUUUAAGCCUCUUACUUAUAGAAUGCGUGCUAGUAAUGACCCUCAAGUCAUAAUGGAAAAAUCUCAAAAACUGGCACAUAAGAAGAAGAAAACACCAAAUUCAACUGAAGGGUCGUCUACUUCAAAUAGAAAGAAAAAUCAUGGAGAGUCUUCUCUGUCAAGGCCUUUUACUUGCAGGAUGCGUCUUAGCAAUGACCCCAGAGUUCAAAUAGAAGAAUCUCAAAAGUUAGCACGUGAGAAUAAGAAAACGUCAAAGUCAAUUGAAGGAUCGUCAACUAGAAAAAGAAAAUAAAAUCCUGGUGAUUCUUCUCCGUUCAAGCCUUUUACUUGUAGGAUGCGUUUUAGCAAUGAUAUCUGAGUCAAUAUGUGAGACCUUGUGUUGUAUCCCACUUUGCAUAUGCUUCAUAGAAGAUCCUGAUAUUUUUUAAAAUUGUGAGAUAUAUAUUUUUUUAAAUGGUAUCGAAGUGAAUGUUAGACUUAUUAGUUGUAGUUUAAUAAAAGUAAGGGCAUAAAGAGAUUGAUGG